UAUAGUUAGUCUGGCCAUGUCUACUUACCGGAGCCUGGAUAUAGACAGAGAGAGACAUGGAGAACGAGAAAGAAAUGUUGAAUUCGGCGGAGGAACAGCAUACCAUCACCUGCAAAGCUGCGGUGGCUUGGGGUGUUGGACAAGAGCUUGUCCUUGAAGAUGUACAAGUUAGUCCUCCCCAGCCCAUGGAGAUUCGAAUUAAGGUCGUUUGCACCUCCCUGUGCCGUAGUGACAUUCAUGCUUGGCUCUCCCAGUCAACUGCUCACAUAUAUCCUCGAAUAUUUGGCCAUGAAGCAUCUGGGAUUGUGGAGAGUGUUGGGAAAGGAGUAACUGAAUUUGAAAAGGGGGACCAUGUACUUACAUUGUUUACAGGCCAGUGCAUGGAGUGCAAACAUUGCAAAUCUGAUAAAAGCAAUAUGUGUCAAGUUCUGGGAUUGGAAAGGAAUGGUGUAAUGCACAGUGAUAAAGGAACUCGCUUCUCAGUAAGGGGAAAACCAGUUUACCACUAUUGUGCAGUUUCGAGUUUCAGUGAGUAUACAGUUGUGCACUCCGGAUGUGCUUUCAAACUCAAUCCGCUAGCUCCUCUUGACAAAAUAUGCCUUCUCAGCUGUGGAGUGACAGGAGGACUUGGUGCAGUAUGGAAAGUAGCUGAUGUACCUGCAGGAUCAUCAGUUGUCAUUUUUGGUCUUGGAACCGUUGGCCUUGCUGUUGCUUAUGGUGCCAGGCAAAGGGGAGCAUCUUGCAUAGUAGGUGUAGAUAUAAAUCCUGAGAAAAGUGAAAAAGCAAAGACCUUUGGAGUAACACAUUUCGUCAAUCCAAAUGACUAUAAUGAACCAAUUGCUCAGGUUAUCAAGCGUAUAACGGAUGGUGGGGCUGACUACUCAUUUGAGUGUGUGGGAGAUACUGGAGUUGUUACUGAUGCUUUACAGUCAUGCUCUGAUGGAUGGGGGACAACAGUUACUCUUGGUGUCCCCAAAGUAAAGCCGGAGAUAACUGCUCACUUUGCACAGUUUAUCAGUGGGAAAACGCUAAAAGGAUCACUAUUUGGAGGAUGGAAACCAAAAACAGAACUGCCUUCAUUGGUUGAUAUGUACUUGAGGGAGGAGAUUCAGAUUGAUGAUUUCAUUACCCAUAAUUUACCUUUUGAAGAAAUAAACACAGCAUUUAAGCUUAUGACAGAGGGGAAAUGUUUGCGUUCCAUCAUUCACAUGCCCAAAUAGGUUUUCAGCAAUCUAGUAGGAUGAUUAAUAUUAGUAAUUCUCGACUGGUUCUUAUUUUUAUUUUUUUUUGCUAUUACUAUCCCUGCGGCAUUUAUUUUCUUAAAAUGGUAUUAUUUGAGAUGUCACAUUGCAAGAAUAGUUGGGUCAUAUUGGGAUCUUGUGUCAAAUUCUCAAUUUAAUGAUAUUUGAAGUACAGCUAACUACAUUCCUAUAU